AUGACGUCUCCUGACGCAGAAGUGGAGGAGACCGCAGAAGUCGAUGAGGUCGCAGGUGCCGUUGCCAAGGAGCUCGGGAAGGGUGAGGUGCUCCCCCCCCUCACUGCCGCGCAGGUCAGUGUUUUUGCCAAGUAUGGCAAGAAGGUUUUGGGAGGCGCGACUGCUACUGCGCUUGCUGCUGGCAUCGCUGCAUACAUUUUGAGCGGCAACGUGCAGGACAUUGCGGGCCUUGUCGAAACUCAAUACGAUAAUAUGACCGGUGGUUUGAACGAAAUCUCGAUGGCAGAGUUCGGACCUGAUAUCCUUCCCACAAGCAAUCGCGGCGACAUGAUGUAA